CUCACAGAGAAUCCAUUUUGCUUGAUCUGAACGAGGAUGGCUACCGUUGUACCCCCCAAGUCUAAGAGGCAACGUCUCGAGGCGCAGAAGCCGAGAGACAUUGAGGAGAUCCCUGAGGAUGCUGGCAGCGUCUUGGUCCAGUUCCGUGCCUCAGAUACCGGAGAGCUCGCAGGCCCAACUAUCUCUAUUCCCGCGAAUGUUACGGUCAAGCAGAUGGAGCUCCUUGUCAACCAAUUGCUGGGCAACACCGAGGACCCCAUCCCAUAUACGUUCGCCCUCGUUUCUGACGCUUCAAAAAAUGAUUCGCCUACUCUCGAUAUUGACGCGAACCUGUAUACAUCCGUCCUUGCGCCAGGACACAAGUCGACCGAAGAUCUGUUGACCCUGGUCUACACACCACAAGCCGUCUUCCGCGUUCGAUCCGUUACCCGCUGUUCCGCCUCCAUCGCUGGACACGGAUCUCCCAUCCUGGUUGCACAGUUCUCGCCAAUCUCCUCGUCAAGAAUGUGUACAGGUGCCGGAGACAACACUGCCCGUAUCUGGGAUUGCGACACAGGUACCCCCAUGCACACCCUCAGAGGCCACAAGAACUGGGUUUUGGCCGUCGCAUGGUCUCCUGAUGGUAAGGUGAUCGCUACUGGAUCCAUGGACUCCACGAUCCGUCUCUGGGAUCCCAAGACAGGAAAGGAGAUUGGUGGACCUAUGCAGUCACAUACCAAGUGGAUCGCCGCUCUUGCAUGGGAGCCGCUACACCUCGUUCCCGCUGGCCAGUCUCCUCGUCUCGUCUCUGCAUCGAACGAUGGUACCGUCAAGGUUUGGGACACUGCGCUUCGUCGGGUGCAAUACACCAUGUCUGGUCACUCAGGUUCGGUCAGUUGCGUAAAGUGGGGCGGUACGGGAUGGAUCUACUCUGGUUCUCGGGACAAGACCAUCAAGAUUUGGGACGCAAAGGACGGAAAGUGUUUCCACACGCUCAAGGCUCACGCACACUGGGUCAACACUAUGGCCUUGUCAACAGACCACGUUCUCCGCACUGGAGCUACGGAUCAUACCGGUCCCGCGCCAUCCGAUCCAGCGGAGGCGAAGCAGAAGGCGAAGGAAAGGUACGAGGCUGCUGCGCGUUUGGCAGGAGGCGAGAAGUUAGUGACUGGAUCUGAUGACUUCACCAUGUACCUCUGGGACCCAGUAAAGUCUACCAAGCCUGUGGCCAAGCUGCACGGUCACCAGAAGCUGGUCAAUUGCGUCGCCUUCUCCCCUGAUGGUCGUUACAUCUCUUCUGCUUCCUUCGAUAACAGUGUUAAGCUGUGGGAUGGCCGUACCGGUACUUUCAUUGCCACUCUUCGCGCCCACGUCGGUGCUGUCUAUCAGUGUUCAUGGUCCUCCGACUCGAGAUUAUUGGUCAGUUCGAGUAAGGAUACCACGCUGAAGGUUUGGGAUGUUGCAAAGAGAAAGAUAAAGGAGGACUUGCCGGGACACCAAGAUGAGGUUUACGCUGUUGAUUGGGCACCGGAUGGACAGAUGGUUGCUAGUGGAGGAAAAGAUAAGAUGACCAGGAUUUGGAGACAUUAG